AUGUCGAAAAUAUAGCUACUUUCACCAAUGUACCAACAGCAUAACGACAAGUUCAUUGUACACGCGUAUCGGUACAACGAUAGAGCGAACAGAAAAGCAAUAGGGAGAACUUUCGCUUUCCGUUCGUACAAAAUGCGACCAGCAUUGCGUUCGUUUGACAUUUACUUUCGCCACCGAAAACGACGAAGCUUUCGUGCUCUAUCGAUAAUUAUGGUGUUUAUGGGUAAAAUUUAACGUUUUCCGGUAUUGUCACUCCAUCGGUAAACAUAUGCAAAAUUAUUCAUGGCACUUGCAACAUCAAUGCAGUAAGUAUAUAAUACGGUAGAUUUAUAAUAGAGCCAUAAAUUAUGUAUCUAUAUUAACAGAGUUCAGUUUUUAAUAAUAUCAAGAAUUUUGUGACGGAUCCAAUUGUAUUUACGAAUGUAUCAAAGAUGCACGUUACACUUCCGGUUAACCAAUUUACUCCCUCUCAUUUUUUAGUGUAACGUUAUCAAAAUACUAAUAUCUAUUAUAACAAUAGUAUCCUAAUAUCAUUAUUAAUAAUAUUAAUGAAGUGUGAUACAGAUCCACAGCUUCCACGGCCAACGUGUUAACAUAGACCUAAAAUCAUUGAUAGUAAUUUCGUUUUAAAAACCAAGCCUAAAGAUUGACUGCUCACAGAAAGGAACCCUGCCAAAUAAUGUCAUACAGAAUUCAGGUACUCUGUUGCUCUAUAUGCACCGUUUCACGUGGUCGUUGCAGGAAAAGGAGAAGGAAGGAGCGAGCGAAAGUAUUAUACGCGGCCAGCACGAUCGAAGAAGACGGGUUGUGCUAAUUUAAUACCAAGAGUAAUCGUGUACUAAUGAUAAAUCAGUUUUACUGGAUCGUGUUGAAUACGAGGGUGUAGCAGUUUUUAUCGCCGCCAGUACAUGGUACAGUGCAUUCAAUGAUAGAUGUACGAGCAGCGGAAGAGUUGAUCUUAUGAUUGUGGCACGUAAACAUGAAUAGGAUCAAGGACGUGAAACAGACGGAUUUGGCAGGUAUUGCACAGAGGUUCUAAACAUGCUGCGUUUAAUGAAAGUGCGAAUAGAAACGGACGGCCUCGACUUACUUUCCUUGGCUGGCUUCAAAUGCAACACGUGUGCAGCUUCUUGCGGAUAACGUAGAACUUCAAUUAUUACAACUUAACGUUACUAUUGAUAUAUUAAAUAGAACGACGAUCAAUAAAAGGAGAGAAUGGAAAUGUAGCUCGGUGAAAGCAAUUUUUACGCAAUGGGCUAUGAUGACAUAAUCUCGAUGAUCUAACUUUCCACUGUACACACGUGGAAGAUAAAACUAUUUCGAAAUAUCUGUCAAGAUAAUUGAGUAGAAUCAUUUUCAUUGAUAGUUGAAUGAAAAAUUAAGUGAACCAUGAAAAGAAAAGGAAAUAGGAUUGGAUCGAGUUAACAAGUACUGCUGAUUGCUUGGAUGUUUCGUAAUCUCUUUUAAUAGUUACUUUGCGAACAAUGGCUACGUGGAAGAAGCCUUUAAUCUAUUUUUGAUUAAGCAGACAGCAUGUGUAAUGCGUGCAACCACAUUCGGUUCGAUUACGUCUCGUUAUGGACGAUGGUUCUUAUUCUAGUCAUGUCCAUUGCACAGAUGUAUCCACUUUCGAUGGCUCUGAAUACCAAAUGAAUUCUAUUCUAUCGGAUCGUGGGAUCACCCACACGAUAUGCCACGGAGUCGAGGCUGCAAGUGCUCCUCAAGGAUGGAUCGAACACCUUGAUGGACUUCGAAUGGCUCCAACCAAAGCUACCACCCUUCUUCGACGAAAAGAAGUUUCUACUUGGUCAAAGGAUGUUUUAUAACAACACUUUUACCAUGAUGAUCGCUAAACUGUGCGGCCUGGUAAUUCUAUUCGCUAUACCGUCGAUCAAGGACGUUCUAUUGUUCACCAGACAAAGUAGCACGCAGUGUGCUGCGUUUCGUAGAUACGUAUCCACGAUUCUGCACACUUGGACCUGGUAUGGAAAAAGAGCUGGCAUUGAGAAAGAGUUUCUCGAUUCUCUGAAAAUCGUACGGAAAAAACACUGCGUAGCGUUUCGAAGAAGCUCGGAAGCUGGCCUCCAGAAGAUCUCGCAAUUGGAUAUGGCAUUGACUCAAUUCGGAUUCAUGGGUUUCACCCUUCUGAGCGGCGACUAUCUCGGGGUGAAUAACAAUUCCGAGGAACUCGAAGGACUGAUUCAUUUCUGGCGUGUUGUUGGCAGCAUGCUCGGCAUGGAAGACAAGUACAACAUAUGUAGCGGAAACGUUGAAGAGGUGCGUGCACUUUGCAGACGACUCUUGGACGAGAUAUUCCUGCCUGCUCUGGCACGUGGUAACAAAGAUUUCGAUAAGAUGAGUUACCUUCUGAUCGAAUCUCUAUGGCCAAUAAAUCCUUUUAUCGAACCAAGUGCCUUUGUCGCAUUCACUUUUAUUCUGGCAUCUUCUUCCGCCACGAAUAACAAUCAUUCUUUAACAAUAGAUACGUCCAACAUGUCGUGGUAUAGCAGAUUCAUAUUGAAUCUUCAACUGAUCGUUCAUAAAUAUUUGCUGCAGUCCACGUACUGGUGGUCAUCACUGUUCAGAAUGUACUUCAAUGGCCAUAUGCGUAUAGCCAUGUAUCUAACCGAGAAGUUGCCGUUCUUAGCCUUCUGGAGCCUGGGUAUUAAAAAUUCUUACGUUGACAUAUACAAAUAUCCUGUCAACUGAGCUUAAACGACUCGUUUUCUAUGGUGUUAUCAUCAGAAAAAGCGCGAUGUUGUUUCUUCUGCUGAAAUUGUACAUAAUUUGACGUAAAAGCGUUGCGUCACUGUGUGGAGUUAAUUAAUGUACUAAUCAGGGUAUACGAAAAAGCAAUAAUUUAUGGAUGACUAUCUAAGAGCAGAGAUUCUGUUAUCUUGACAGAUGUUAUUUCUGAAAUCUUCAAUUGACUUUUGCAUAUCAUAUAAGAACUACCGUAUAUUUUGCAUUGUACUAAAAACUACAGUGAAUCAGAAAGGUAUUGGUAUGUUUUGCUUUCUUGUAAUUAUUUUAUUUAAAAAAAAAUGUAGAUAUCAUAUUGUGUUACAGAAGUACCAUAGUAAAAAUGGUAUAGUAAUAUUAUUUUAAUCAAUUAUCAACCGGUCUGCUAAUGCUAUUUUCGAUCCACUCUAGUAAACGUGAAACGUUGAAGCUUAACUUACACUUAGGGAAUAAGAAUAAACGAUGUGUUCAACUUAUAAAUAAUCCUGAGUACUUGUGGAAAAAGGAGUGAAUGAACGUAUGGAGAGCAAUAUUUAGAAACUACACCUAGAGAUAUAGAUAUAUAUUUUUUAUACCAACAUGAAAAAUAUAAAUACAUACACAGUAAGGUA